CCCCAGUUGUGGGUGGUGGCCCAGAGCCCAGGAGGGCAGAGGAAUUGACGUGAUGCUGUUUGCUGUGGUCUUUGUGUGUGUGCGGGUGCUGGAGGUGGCAUUGCAGCAGUGCCAGGCAGGCUGGCAUGCAGUGGGUGGCUGCACUGCACGGGCACUGAGAGAUGGGGUGUAGGGCUGCUGUGAGGAGCUGAGAGAUGCCCAGGCAAUGAGAAUCUCUGACCCUCUCUCUUUUUCUUCAAUGAAUGGUAGAACUUCACUUUCAGACUUGCGAGACUGUCCUAAACCAGAAUAUCCGGGGCAUGACUGCUUCUAGGUCCUUGUGGUUUUGAAAAGAGUUGCUAGCCCCAAAAUCAAAGAGAAAAGAGUUUUCUUACAAGCUGUCACUUUUGCUGCUAUGUUCCAUAAGGCGAAUAAUCCACUGGGGACCCGGCAGCUCAGUUCUGUGGAUUUCUCCAGCUGAUGCAGCCUUGGUGAUGGUGAGGGCUGUUUCUGUUGUGUGUCUGCAGUUAUGUGCAAGGAAAACAAAGGACAGUUGUCUCUUGCAGUUAGUAAAUGUGGAAUCUCAUCAGGUGUUGUUUCUUUGCAUGUGCUCGAUAGAAAAGUCACCUGGAGCUGUCUCGAACUGCUUAGUCUCAGGCAGGAGAAUACAGAGCCGUUUAUAGACAGAGAUUUGCACUAUGCUGAUAUGUAGGUAUUUGUGCAUGGUUAUGUUCACAUGCUCUCUGUAUGUGUGCUUGUAAAUACCAGAGUGCUUGUAACCUUCUCAAGAACACUGCCAAUGCAAACGGCAGGGGAUGAUUUUGCAGAGGAAUAACCACUGAGUUACUAAGUUAAGAACAUGGCUACAAUUGUGGGUUUGAGAUGUGUAGGGUUGUGUGGCUCUCUCUUGGAAAAUGGCACUCAGGCAUUAGCAUUCCUGGGAGUGCUGUAAUAGGAGACAGAUGGCAUUUGAGGGCUAGAUUCCUUGUUUAGACCCUGUUUUCCCACGUUGCUUUCUGACUGAUACUUGGCAAGCGCCCGAGUCACUGCCCAGCCUUGGCCACUGCGAGCUCCAUUCAGCAAGGCGCUGAGCACUCUAACCUCUAUCCUGCAAAGUAUUUAAACACGCGCCUAACUUUAGGUGUCUGACGAGGCCCUUUGAAGUUAAUGGACAUCACAGGAGCUUAAAGCCAAGUAUGUACAUACGUGUUUGGCUGAUUGGGGCCCGAGUGCGCAGCUCCCUGUAGGGCUGAGCGCUAAGCCACCUGUCAUUCAGACAAGAGACCCAUUUUCCAGGAGAGUCUCUUCUCUGAGCCCCUGUCCUGGGCUGGAGAGCCUGUGGAUUGGGUGGUGGCCAGGUCCCCACCAGGCUAUUCUGAGCCAUGGUCCCCUGAGCAUUGGAUUCUCUCUGCCAUUGCCUAGCCACUCUCCGCAGUGACUGGGCAGAUGUGCUGCUGCUUAGUGGCUACUGUCCUGUGCUGACCCACUGGGGACUCCCCAAGCUGCCAUCUGCACAGCUAGACGCCUGCACCAUAGUCAGGGCUUGGGAGACUCUGUGAAGAGGGAUUGUGUCUAGGACAGCUCAGGAAAUACAGUGCCGAUGGGCGCUGUGCAGAGCCCUUGGACAGAACACACAGCCCUGGCUCCGGCUGCUCGGUUACUUGCCUUUUGUUAUCUUCAUGGGACAAAGACCUAGCUUGUGCCUUGUCCUGAGGGCAGGCAGGUGGCAGAGAGAUGGGUGGGGAAAGUGUCACAAGGGCCUGGAUCUCCUCCACUGGCAGGGACGGCCUUUGCUUCGGUGCAACAAUCCCCUCCCUGAGCCACCCUGCAAAUCAGACCCACACCCUGGGCCGCGCAGUGUGCCACAUGACUGGGCCGUGCUGGUGCAGGGCCUGGAGAUCACCCCCCACCCUGGGCUAGUGCUUCCCACUCCAUGCCCUCCCCAGCAUGGCUGCAUGGGCCUGUCCGCUUUAACCGGACAGCCCAGCAGUAGUUAGCUAAAGCCUGUUCAACUCAAGGCGGCCUUGGCCUUAGUUUAGAAACUACCAAUCAGUGGUUUGUAUAAAUGGCUGCCGAAGUCCUCUCUGGCCUUCCCAGGGCAGAGUGUAUGUAAACCCCUGUGGCCCAUGCACAGCUCUGGGGCUUUCCCUGUCUCUCUCCCGUGGGGAGGUUGCACAGAAUCAGAGACUCUCAGGGUUGGAAGAGACCUCAAAGCAGGACCAACCCCAAAUAGAUCACAUUGCACAUGGAGUGAACAGCUGGGAGGGUUAGCUGUUUUCCCUAGCCAAGUCCAGCAGUUCUCCACCGACUCCCCAUGUCCCUCCCUGUGAUCUACCCAGCACCACGGUGAGCCAAGCCCCUGGCUGCCCUGAGGACUUGUGUAACUCAGGCAAGUCGAUGUCUGAGUAAGGGCAACAAGCUGAGGCCCUUUCACACAGAUCUUGGCUGCCCCAAAGCCCUUGUGGUGCUCUUGCUGGAGGCUAAUGCCACAUCUGCAUGGCUGUCUCUGCCUGUUCUGGGUGAGGGCCCUGUGCUUUGCCAGCCCUCUGGUGCCCCGGCAUUCCUGAGGAUGCCUGCACUCUAUAAAUAGCUCCUCGUAAAUCCCUGCCUGCCUUUCCCCGCUCUUGCAAAGCCCCACUGUCCUACCGCAGGGCUGCCUUUCCCACCUUCCUUUGGUUGCCACAGCAACCGGCUGCGGAGUCGUCAGGAACAGCUGCAGCCCCUGUGCCGGGCUGUGCGCAGCUGGCGCUGACACCGCCCUGACUCAGUCACUCCGCGGAGCGCUCCCCGCUCCUCCGGCCUGGUCCCUCCCACUUCCUGGCUCGCUGGCCCCGGGCGAGAGCGCAGCGCAGAGCUCUUGCAGCCUCUGGCCAGGCCGGUCGCUCGCCGACCUGCUGCCAGCCGGGGAGCUGCACUCCAGGCUCGGGGUCCCUCCGUGGGCUCGCUGCCUGGAGAGGGGGCACUGCCCGAGGCAGGGCUGACUGGCAGCCAUGCCCUUCCUCCGAGACCUCUCCAAGCCCCAGCCCCUGGAAUUCCACUCGGACAUGCUGCUGGGCAUGCCCCGGCCACGCAGCGGGAACCUGCCGCGCCGGCACACCAUGAAGGAGGCCAAAGACAUGAAGAACCGACUGGGGAUAUUUCGACGGCGAAACGAGUCUCCAGGAGCCAACCCCAUCAGCAAGCUGGACAAAGCAAUGAAAUCCCUCAAGCCGACCCCGGAGGAAGCUCUCAAGUGGGGGGAAUCUCUCGAGAAACUGCUGCUGCACAAAUAUGGGCUGGCUGCCUUCCGGGCUUUCCUGCGGACAGAGUUCAGCGAGGAGAACCUGGAGUUCUGGCUUGCGUGCGAGGAGUACAAGAAGAUCAAAUCCCAGUCCAAGAUGAUAUCCAAGGCCAAGAAGAUCUUUGCUGAGUACAUUGCUAUCCAGUCCUGCAAAGAGGUGAACCUGGACUCCUACACACGGGAGCACACCAAAGAGAACCUGCAGACCAUUACCCGGAGCUGCUUCGACCUCGCUCAGAAACGGAUCUAUGGGCUCAUGGAGAAGGACUCUUACCCCCGCUUCCUCCGCUCGGAGUUGUAUUUAGACAUAAUUAACCAGAAGAAAUCCAGCCCCCCACUGUAGAUCCCAAGAACUCUGUCUGGGGCAGACUGGGAGCUGUAUGUUUACAUGAAUUCUACUGGGGCGGUCUCCCCUGAGCAGCCUGCCUUUCUGCUGGGAUUCACACCCAUGGAAGCCAUAGCUCUGUAGCCAACGGACGCGUGGACAGGCCAAGGCAGCGAGCUAGAGGCCAAGGGGGCUGGAGAGCCGAGCAGUCUGGUACUGUUCCACUGUACCGUUCCUCAGGAUCUUGCCAUCUCACCGGUACGACGCCCUUUGCCGUGGCUCGGGGGGAGCUCCCACGAGACUACUGUGAAGCACUGGCCUGAGCUUUGUCUUUUGUUCUGGGGGGUAAUAAGUCGGUGGGCAGUGAGGCUUUGGGGCGAGGGGGAACCGGCUUCUUGCCUCAACAAGAGACACUGAACUGGACCAAACCCCUUUCCGUGGCGUUGCUGUGCUCCCUUGGCCCUGCAGAACUCGCACUUGGCCCUGAUCACGGGCCAGAACGGCACUUCCUUUGUCUGUCUGUGACCAUGCACCCCUCGAGCAGCAAGAGCCAGUUCCUCCCCCAUGCCCCCCACACGCCUCUCGGUUUAUUUAUUGACCUCCUGUAGCGGACGCAUUGCUGUGUAAUAGGAACUCCUUGCAUCCUUUCCUUUGUUCAUUUACAAGUGCAAUAUUUCUGCGCGGCUUGGAGUCCCGCAGUGGAAUGGACGGCCAUCUCUUCUAAGAGUGUGUACAACGUUUUCGAACUUGGUGGGUUUUAUUUGACAAACUCUGUGCUCCUAGCAGCAGGCCGCUGGGAGAGCCUGGGUGUAUAUAUAGUUCCGUGACAACGGAGAGUUUGAUUGUGUAGAUAAACAGCUGUGUGAAUCAGACACUCUCACUGCUCUGGAUGACGAUGUCGUGGUCUGGGAAAUGUGGCUUAGUGCCGGAUCUGACGGAGCUGGACAGGAUGUCUUGCGUCUAAGUGCCCAGUUUACAACGCAAAGCAUCUCUGCAGCUAACAAAAACAUGUUGAGGUCAUGGUUAUAGUGUAAAUAAAAGGAGAAUAUAA